CUGUUGAAGAAGAACACGCCCUACAAAUGGGAGCCGAAGCACCUGGAAGCCAUGGAGCAGCUGAAAAAAGCACUCACGUCCGCACCAGUACUCAUCUUGCCAGAUCCCGAACGCGACUACGUCAUCGAAGCUGACGCCAGUGACCAGGCAGUGGGAGCAGUCUUGAUGCAAGACGAGGGGAAUGGACUGCAACCAAUCGCCUACCUAAGUAAGAAACUACAUGGGGCAGAACUAAACUACCCGAUACACGACAAAGAGGCCCUUGCCAUCGUCAUCGCCUUCAAAACGUGGAGAUGUUAUCUCGAAGGACGAAAAACAACCGUCUACACCGACCACUGCAGCCUGAAAUAUUUGAAGACACAACCCAACCUUUCCAGGCGGCAGGUCCGGUGGAUCGACUUCCUCGAGACACACUUCCACUACGACAUCGUGUACAAGCCCGGCCACAAAAACAAAGGAGACGCUCUCAGCCGGCCUGCACACGAGGAGGAGGGGAAGGAAGGGGGGGGGGGGGGGGGGGGGGGGGGGGGGGGGGGGGGGGGGGGGGGGGGGAGGAGGAGGAAAGGAGGAGGAAAAAGGAAAGGAGGAAGAGAAGGAAAGGAGGAGGAAAAGGAAAGGAGGAGGAAAAGGAAAGGAGAGGAAAGGGAAAGGAGGAGGAAAGGGAAAGGAGAGGAAAGGGAAAGAGGAGGAAAAGGAAGGAGGAGGAAAGGGAAAGGGAAAGGAGGAGGAAAGGGAAAGGGAGGAGGGAAAGGAGGGGAAAGGGAGGAGGAGGGAAAAGGAGGAGGAAAGGGAAAGGAGGAGGAAGGGGGAAAGGAGGAGGGAAAGGGAAAGGAGAGGAAAGGGAAAGGAGGAGGAAAGAAAGGGGGAAAAAAGGGAGGAAAGGGAAAGGAGGAGGAAAGGGAAAGGAGGAGGAGGGAAAGGAGGAGGAGGGAAAGGAGGAGGAAAGGGAAAGGAGGGAGGAAAGGGAAAGGAGGAGGAAAGGGAAAGGAGGAGGAAAGGGAAAGGAGGAGGAAAGGGAAAGGAGGAGGAAAGGGAAAGAGGAGGAAAGGGAAAAGGAGGAGGAGAAGGGAAAGGAGGAGGAAAGGGAAAGGAAGGAGGAGGAAAGGGAAAGGAGGAGAAAGGGAAAGGAGGAGGAAAGGGAAAGGGAAGGAGGAGGAAAGGAAAAGGAGGGAGGAGAAGGAUAGGUGCGCGGAGCGCAGCUCUUAAGUCGCCGACGCGCUCCAAGGG